UCUCGAACAGUGGUAGAGCGAUUAAAUACCAAUGUAUUGUUGAGGAGACAAUGCCAGCAAGAGUAACAGAAGUGAAAUGCAAGCGAUGCCGAAAGGUUCUUUUUACAGAGGAAGCUACACCGCUUUUAACUGCUCACAGCGAGAUACGGAGUGGACCUACUCAUUUUAGAUGUGGUACUGGUGCUCCGGAGUACUGUCUCUAUAUUUCAGAGGAAAAUAUACCAGACUGGAUAAGAGAUGCUGUAGACAAGGAAUAUUGGAUAAAAGGAAAAAUCCAUUGCCCACAUUGCCACAGUCGUCUAGGAUCGUUUGAUUUUGUAAGUCAGACAAAGUGUGACUGCGGGGAAUACCUACCACCACCAAUUAGGAUAAUUCAUUGUAAAGUGGAUAGAUUAUCGGACACAGGAUCAAACCUACCAUUCCUACCUCUACCUAGAAUUGCUUACAACCCUCCAAGAGAUAAUUAUGUACCACCUCUACAAAUAAUAGCACUCAACAGACACGGUCACGUGGUAAACGUAGGAAAUUUAGCGACUAAUGAUGUAGGGAGUAUUCAACCAUAGGCGCAUUCAUUAUCUAUAAAUGUCGUACGUAAAAUCUGGACUAAACUUUGAAUGACUGAUUUUCAUCUCGAACAAUGUACGGAGUACAGUGUAUGUAUACAAGAUCAGCACAAUAGUUUUUCUCCAGGAUUUCACAUCUGAUGAUACGAUGUUCAAUUAUACAUAACUGAAUAAAUAUUUAUUGUAAAACGCUUUUGUAAUAUUGUGAUAUAAUAAAGACCAAAUCUACAUGUGCA